CCUGUAUACAGCAGCAAGUAAAGCCUGGACACCAAACUCCUCUUCUGCUUUUAACAAUUUACAGGUUUUACUUUUUAACCCUGUGUCAAAAACGGACCCAGCUAAGCGGUUUUAAAGCCUUAAAGCCGGACUCUUGCCGAAAUGUCCGUGCGGGACACUAACGUUGGAGCACGAAAGGCCUCUAAUGUUCAGAAAGCACCUGGAGUGAAGUCAACCAAAGCUGCAAAUAAGGAAAAGGAUGAGGAAAAGACUGUGGAGAUCGGUGGUGGACACAUCAAAGGCCUUAUUAAGCCUCCAGAUCAACUGAAGCUCACUGAGGCUGAGCUGAAGGAGAAAAUCACAAGGGUUCUGAACACACAGAACCCACAUGCCCCUGAUAAUAUUGUCCGCUGGACAUUCAAGGAUCGUUGUUUCAAGCCUUGCGUUGUGGAUCACACUAUUCAUAUCUUUGAAUUGGAGGGCAACCUUGUGUAUAAAAACUCUGAUGAAGGUCGUAGACUAAUGCUCAAGCAGGGUCUCCAUGAAGAGGAUACAGGACUUGACAUCGGAGCAGAAUCUGAUAAGGAGAGAACGGAAACCUCGACUACACCUGUAGAGGAUGGAGGGGAGGUGGAGGAAGCUGGAGAGGAGGACAGACCAGACAGCGCUGCCUCCAAAACUGACAAGAAAGAGCCAAAAAUUACUAAUAUAUUCAACUCCUGUGACAGGGCCACCCAGACUCUCCAUAAUCCUCCAAGGGAGAUAAACUGCCAGACUGAACCUCCUCCACGUAGCAGCUUCUCUGCCUCUGCUAAUCAAUGGGAGAUCUAUGAUGCGUAUGUGCAAGAGCUGCAGAAACAAGAAAAAAACAAAGAGAAACAGAAAGCUGCACCAUCAGAAAAAGAUGAGAAAAGUCAGAAGAAGAUGAUGCUGAUGGAGACUCAGGAUAUUGACCUCAAUAAAGUGAGUAAGGCAGCCAAGGUCUUGGAACGAAUGGUCAAUCUGAAUAUCUUUGAUGAGAUAGCACAAGAUUUUGCAUACUAUGAGGAUCCCGCUGAUGAGUUCAAGUUCCCAAAGGGUACCCUCCUGCCCUUGUGGAAGGUCAAAUAUGACCAAGCCAAAAAACUGUCUGUUACUGCUCUCUGCUGGAAUAACAAAUAUCCGGACCUGUUUGGUGUGGGAAUGGGAUCAUACAACUUCUGUAAACAGGGAAGCGGCAUGCUUCUCUUCUACACAUAUAAGAACUGUUCCUUCCCAGAGUACAUCUACCCCACCAGUUCUGGUGUUCUGUGUCUCGACAUCCACGAGGAGCGUACCUACCUGGUGGCCGUUGGCUUCUAUGACGGCUCUGUGGCUGUUUAUAACUUGAAGACGGAGGGAAAGGAGCCUAUUUACAAGAGUACAGCUAAGACUGGCAAGCACACAGCCCCAGUCUGGCAGGUGUGCUGGCAGAAUGAUGACAUGGACAGCAACCACAAUUUCUAUUCUGUGUCAUCUGAUGGCCGAGUUGUGUCCUGGACACUAGUCAAGAAUGAGCUGGUUUUUACAGAUAUUAUCAGACUGCCAGUGAUUCCUGCUGAAACUGAGGAAACAGAACCUGCACAGACACCCCUUAUUGCUUGUGGGACAUCAAUGGACUUCCAUAAACAGAUUGACUAUCUGUUCCUAGUUGGCACUCAGGAGGGGAAAAUAUACAAGUGCAAGACUUACUCGAGCAAGAUCCUGGAGACCUAUGAUGCCCACCACAUGAGAGUGGAUACUGUAAAGUGGAACCACUUUCACCCAAAGGUUUUCAUCUCAUGCAGCUCAGACUGGACCAUCAAGAUGUGGGACUAUACCAUCAACACUCCAGUGCUGACCUUUGACCUAAAAGAACCCAUUGGAGACAUUGCCUGGUCUCCAUACUCCUCCACUGUAUUUGCUGCUGUGACAACAGAUGGGAAUGUUCAUGUUUUUGACCUCAACAUCAACAAAUAUGAGGCUCUCUGCCAGCAGCUAGUGGUGGACAAAAAGAAGGCCAAGCUGACUCACAUUGCGUUUAAUCCCAUCCAUCCAAUCAUCAUAGUGGGAGAUGACAGAGGCAAUGUCAAUAGCUUCAAACUCUCUCCUAACCUCCGCAAGAAGCCCAAGGGCAAAGAGGGUCCAGAGGUGGAAGCAGCCAAGAUGGAGACGCUCCUCAGUCUACUAAGGAAACCAGAGUAAAGCAUAUAUUUACGUGUCCACCAUGGAUUCUCUGCCAGACACAACAACAUGGUACAAUCUGGUAUACUCGUUUAUUAAAGACGACUUUAUUUGUUCAGUGUAUGCAAUAAAUAACAUCAAAAUAACAAGAAAACAAUUUGUUAAUAUUUAUCAAAAUGUUUUCUCCUGAUUUAACUUGCAUUUGAUACAACAAUGCAUAUUUUGAUACUUCAGUAUUUUUCUGCAGGGAUUUAUAAAAAUUUCUCCACAUGUAUUGUGCAAGUUCUGAGUAAUUUCAGUAUAGCGCCACCAUUGGGUACAUAUGUCUAAACAAGCUCCAGAAUUUAUUCUGUGAUCAACUGUUCUAAGUUGCCUUUUCUUGUAUCCACCACUGAUUGCACUGUUCACUUUUGCUUCAGUGAAUAAUUUUACUAAAAUGACUUCCAACAGUUUCUUUGGAGGCUAUGAACUUCUAUUUGCAGUAUCCUCUAAAGGCAAAACAUCUUUUGCUCAAAUCACAUUUCAGCAUUGCAUUACAUUCUAAUCUACUGAAGCUAUUGUUGAGACAUUUGUAAUUCUACUCUUAGUAGCAUUAACAGGCAUAUUUUCAUGUCAGGAAUAAUAUAUUAUAAAUCCUUUUCUUUCUUACUUCAGUGUAACUAAUAUCUGCUAAAUGUCUGGAAGGUUGCAAAAUUUAAAAUACAUAUCGAUAUUAAUAAUGCAGUCAGGUAUUAAUAAUCUGUGGUGGGAUGAGGGGAACAUGGGUAGGCCUGUCUGCAAUCUGUGUGGUUCCAUAGGAUUAAUCCCUCUGUAUGUGAGCAUCCUGUGAUUCAGUCCAGAGCAAGUGGCCCAUCAUAGACAGCCAGAAGCAGAUGUCAGUGUGAGGGCCUUGUUGAAGAGGACACAAAUUUCUACUAAGCCUCUCUAGUCCUUAUAUAACCCCCUUAGCAAGACGCUCUGCCUCAUGAUUCGCUGAUGUUUGUGACUGACAAUGACACACACAUACCACACAGGCUCAAGUCCCUGUUCUCAGUAAUAGACUGGCUUUCUCUUUUUUCAGGCCGCUGUAUGAAAUAAGAGGAUAUAUUUAGAAACCUCUAACAACAGGCCAGUCGUUCUUUGUCUACUUAACAUUCCUUUCUCUCAGGGUCUAUGCAACCUGCAUCCAUCCUUGUGGCCAUGUCCUUUUCUUGAGGCUGUUUGUGUUAAACAUGCACGCUCGUUGGCAUUCGUCCAUGUCCUUUGUCAAACCCAGAACCAGAUUUGACAGGUGAUGGCUGCUUAAAAAUAGUUUCCUCACUCCACUGCAAUUCAUCCUUGCUACGUCUUUGUGAGGCACAGCCACAGCUGACACCAGAUCGGCAGCUGACCUUAAAAACUAGGGAAGGACAAGUCUAAUUAGUAUUAUUGCUUGCAGUCAGGCUCACUGUUCCCUCGAUCCUCUCUCCUGUGGAAGAGUGCACUGAGGCCAUCACUUGUUGCUACAUUUGACUCAUCUUUGUGCAGUCAGGAGGUCAGCAGGUACUUGUGCUCGUUGAUCUGCUGGGUUUCUGCUUCACUCGGAGCCAGCACUGGUAGCCUCUCUGGGCUAGAUGGGACCCUGCAGGCUUGGUAGAUGAUUAGACAGAGGAGAAGAAGAAGGAUGGCAACAAAUGUAUUGCAGGCAAUGGCCACGAGCGCAGCUGUGGACAGUCCUGUUGUGCUUCCUUCAGAUUCCAUAAUGAAGACUGGACUGUAGAGUCCGAUGUCAGUCAACUUAAAUAUUGAUUUUUAAGUUGGUUCCAUUAUUUUCUUUGGUUAAUUGGCAAAUGAGACUGGGCAUCACCAUCUACGAUUUUUCGUGUCCACAGAUAUUGUGAGGCGAAAAAACACAGUGCAUGUAUUGUUGAAUAUUUCGAUCAGACAGCAGCAGGAAGCAGUCUGCCUGUACGUCUCACUGCAGAGAUGAAUGUGUUCUCCUCAAGGCUCCGCUUUUCUUGAUAGCUUCUUUAGGGUGACACAUCAACUCUCCACCAUACAGAUGAGCCUCACAGCACUCUCUGCUAGUGAUGAUUUCACAGUAGUCUGCAGUAUCAAAAUUCUGCUUGCUAUUUCAGGAAAUGCCUGCCACUGUCUGUAAAAAAAAGAACGAAUAGAACAAUUACAUAUAACUGAACACAAGCAGAGUAUGAAAUGAGAUGUAGGAACAGGCUAUGUAGCAUGUCAGUCUUUUCAGCGGUGUCAUAAAUUGUAAUCUUUUCCCUUC